GUGAGGGACGGAGAGUAGCGUGCAGGUGAUGGGAGGCGGAGAGACUUUUUCCUGUUUCCUGCUGAGGGAAAUGGUCGAAAAGGACUACCGAUGAUGGAGACGGAGUAGCACGUUUGGCAACAGAAGAAGAACUCCAUUUAUGUUUCCUUGGUGUGUAGCGUGAAGAAAGAGAAGAAGAAGAAGAAAAGGAGACACGACCCUCCCUUCUCCCUGCUGAGAGGUUCUUCUUCCCUUUGUUCGUCCAGUCAGUUCUACAACUCCAGAACUGAUACUGAUGUGGACUUGAAGCAUCUUUGCAACUGAAACAUGUCUCUGAUGAAAAGACUUCUAGAAACACAUUGGGAACAACGGUUCAGGAUAUACUUUGAUUCAUUCGACAUCCAAUUGUGUAAAUGAAUCAUCCUUUUUGGUGGAAAUCAAGUAGCUCGACCAUUCCAAAUUCCUUAAACUCUGAUAACUUGAGUAUGCACAUGGACUUCUUGGCUCAACAUGGUAAUCAGAUGAAGCAUCUAGGCGAUCAAAUGCCUGACCAAAACUCUUCGUCAACUCAGUCAAGUGGUCAAGCCCAUCAAGAAGUAUCAGGAACAAGUGAAUGCAACAACCAUGAGCAGUACAUUUCAGCACAUUCUGCCACUGAUAAUACACACGAAAAGCAAGUUGAGGGUCAUAUGAAGGCAGUUCUAACUCUAGGGACUCCAGAAGCGUCAAGUGCACCUCCAAGAUUUGAUUAUAACCAGCCUUUUGCUUGUAUAUCAUACCCCUAUGCUGAUGCAUACUACGGAGGAGUGCUCGCUACAUAUGGCCCACAUGCUAUAAUCCAACCCCAAAUGGCCGGAAUGGCAUCCUCUGCUCGAGUACUGCUGCCUACUGAACCUGCUGCUGAAGAACCCGUUUAUGUGAAUCCAAAACAAUACAAUGCGAUCCUCAGAAGGAGACAGCUUCGUGCACGGUUGGAGGCUCAAAACAAAGUUAUCAAAACUCGAAAGCCAUACCUUCACGAGUCUCGACAUCUUCAUGCAAUGAAGAGAGUGAGGGGAUCAGGUGGCCGCUUUGUUAACACAAAGCAGCUCCAGCAGCAGAAUUCCCAGCCUUGCUCCUCCAAAGCGUGCCGGAAUGUCUCAUGUUCUGAGCCCUGCUCCUGUAGUGGUCUAAUUGGUUCGUCUGCCACAUCUACCAGCUCCGACAUGACGUCUCUUUCGACAAGCAGAAGAAUGUUAGUGCAGCAGGAUCAGUCAUGUUAUUCGCAGCCCGGUUUCCACUCCAGUGCUGCAGCAACUAGUCAGGGCCGAGGCAGGAAAAUGGGAAACGGCUCCGAGCAACGGACACCAGCCGUGAGGUAAAAGCACAGGAUGCACAGGCAGUGCGCAUGUCACUUUCCACUGUCUCAGUGCUUCCCUGGCAAUUCAUCCUUGGCUUAUUAUGUUUCGACUAAAAUGCCUUGUUUCAUAAGUUCGGAUCCGAAACCAUGUCUGAAAGAUGAUGAAUAAUCAGCCACCAUAUCAGUUUGUUCUGGAUUUGUAUGGUUGAAGGAGCUGAGACUGCCUCCAGCUAAAACUCUUGGAUAUAUGUUCAAGCAAUAUGCAUGGAUUCUCUUCUCCUUAAAACUUGUA